AUGGAGAGCAAAGGUUUAGCUCAUAACCUGGAAUCAUCUCCACGAACAGAUGAUAUACGCCUUAAGGAUUUAGCACCAUUCAGUAAAAUGCUUUUGUCCGACCAAGUUCGCAAAGGUCUACAUCAAGCCGGCUUUAUGUAUCCCACAGUAAUACAGGCCACAGCCAUACCAGUGGGUAAAUCGGGAAUUGAUUUAUUGGUCCAGUCAAAGUCUGGAACUGGCAAAACUUUGAUUUUCUGUUGUAUUGUUUUGGAAGCCUAUACACCGGAGAUUAAGGAACCACAAUCUAUGAUUAUUGCACCCACGCGAGAAAUUGCCGUACAAAUUGAGGAUACCCUCAAUAGCAUUGGUAAAUUUUGUUUAGGUUUCAAAGCGGUUUGUGUUAUUGGUGGUAUGGAUGUCAGUGAAGACCGCAAACGUGUGCAAGGUGCCAAAGCCAUUGUUGGAACGCCCGGCAGAAUUUUACAUCUGAUACAAAAUGAAGUAUUAAAUACAUCACAAAUACAACUGCUGGUCGUCGAUGAGGCCGAUAAAAUGUACUCGAAUACAUUUCGUCAAGAUUUGCAGAGGAUUCGUAACGCCCUGCCUAAUCGCAAACAAACAUUGGCGUGCAGUGCAACAUUUGAGGAUAAUCUUGAUCAGGAAUUGGCAAAAAUUAUGAGAAAUCCUCUUUUGGUAUCCACCGAAGAAAGAGCCACUCUGCUAGUGGGUAUUAAACAAUUUGUUUAUGAGUUGCUCGAACAGAAAACCAGUAUUUUGGAAAUGCAAUUGAAAUUGGAUGCUGUGAGACAUAUUUUCAGUCGUCUUGCAUUUAAGCAAUGUUUGAUUUUUGCUGGUUCACAAUCUCGAGCAGAUUCCUAUCGUAACUAUUUGGAAAAGGAUGGUUGGCCAUGUGAACUCAUAUCGGGGGCACAGAAUCAAAAAACUCGUUUAGAACAGUUUCGUAAAUUUCGUGAAUUUAAAACACGUAUACUGAUUGCCACAGAUCUGAUGGCACGCGGUGUAGAUUCGGAACAUGUUAAUCUUGUCAUAAAUCUGGAAUUACCCACAGAUUCAGUAACGUACUUACAUCGCAUUGGUCGUGCAGGACGAUUUGGCUCCCAUGGAGUGGCAAUUAGUUGUGUGGCCUCUGCCAAGGAUCAUCAGACAUUUAAAAAGUUGAUUUCUGAUAUAGGUACUGGCAUGAAAGUACUUAAAUUCCCCACACGUGCCGAAAAAGACAAAGAUCAACGUGACAUAUGGAAUUUCUCACAAUUCGAUGAAGAUGUAAAAUAUUUCGGUCUCUAUCAAACUGAUCCUCCAGCGGCUAAAGCUCCAUUGGCUUCGCAGGAUAAUGUCUCUCUAACCCCAUCUUUAUCUGAAAAUAAAGAAAAUUUUAGUAACAACACUUCAUCUAUGCAACAGUCUUCGAUUGAUACCAACACAUUCUUGGUCAAUUCCAAAGAUAGUGCUGUCAAUAUGCCACAAUUAACGGAGUCGUCACAAGCACCUAAUAAAUGUAAGCAAAAUGAAGAUAUAUCUCCACUGGCACCCAGUAACGCUGAUAAUGUGAAUACACCUUGUGAUUCACAUAAUGAUUCGACACAUCAAUUGAUCACCUCGAAUACCAUUGAUGAUGCCAGCAGUAUUGCUGCUGAUAGUUUACGUAGUAGCCAACAGGAUAUUUCACGAUAUCAAUCGGUGUUAAUGCAAAAGUCUGCAAUACCAACACUUGUAGAAUUUCUAGUUGAUCGUCAAUCGUCCCAAGAUACACCAACAAAACGUAAUCAGGAUUUAUUUGAUGCCUAUACCGAAGAAGUUUUAAAUGACAAUCGAGACUUAUCGGAGCCCCUUCAUGAUGUAACAGCGGUCGAUGGUCCAGUGCUGAACUCAUCCAAAUUAGCUCAACUUAAAUCUCUGCUUAUCGAUAAGCCAGUAGUGAAGAGUCCAAUUAAAGAAAAUAUUGAUUUAUAUUCGGACUUUGCCAAUUUUAAUGAAGAUGAUAGUUCACUAUCCGUAUCCGAUGAUGUUGACAAACAAACAUUUAUUAUGUCCGUUACAACACCAUCAAUACAACAAGACUCAUUGGAAGAGUUACGAAUUAAUUCAUCAGAUUUAUAUCCAGCUACUGAUCAGACGACUGUUACAAGCGAAUCUCAUGAAAUGGCCAUCAAAGAACCCAAACAUUUUCCAUCACCAGCUCACAAUCAAAUGUCGGGUUUUAUACCCGAUAUAAUACCAGGGCCAACAGCACAAACGAAUAAACAACAGCAAAGACAAAAACUAUCCAUAAAUGUUACCGCACAUAUAGAAAUCCCACCAUAUCAAUCACCACCCAAUUCUAUAUCUCCAUUGGUGAAUGCAUUGGAAAAUAAUCUAGAAGAACCUUCACCCACUUCAUCAACAGACAGUUCGGUGGCUACAUUAUCCAAUCAAGAGAAUGCCGAACAACAAUCCGGUUCAGAUAGCGAACAUUCCGGUGGCAAUAGCAGUGGUUUCGAUGAGAAGACAUCUACAUCAGGAUCUUCGGGAAUAGAUACCUCAGAACCGGAAAGUAAUCGUCCACAACGUCAAAUACCCCAAUAUGAAACGUCCAGCGAUGAUGAGGACGACGAUGAAGAUGAUCUUACUUUCGAUUUUGAUAAUGAUGCGGAUGAAGAGGACGAUAGUAGUGAACAUUACUUCGGUACUGAUGAAGAAGAGAAUAAUGAAGAAACUGAAUAUGAAGCAGAUUCAGAUGGAUCUGAUGAAUACGAUUCCGUUGAUAAUAAUACCAAUUAUACAGCCGGGCAAAUUGGCGAAGUCUUGUAUAGUCGGCCAGUAACACAGGCUAGCCACACUUCAUCCUCGAAUACCAUUACAAAUGCAACACAACAACAGUCUCUGAAUAUGGCAUAUCAAACGGCAUAUUCACGAUGGACAACAGCAGGAAUAAAUGAAUUACAUCUACCAGCUGCCGCCUGGCCUGCUCAUGAAUACAUUUACCAACAACAACUAUUGUCUACAAUCAAUGCCUGUGAAAUACCUACCACCACUACCACAACUACUGUUGCUGCGGGCCCCGGACCCUGGACUCUGGCGACUUUAUUGCCAGCAUUAGCGGCAUUACCAGCAACAGCAACAUAUAUGCCCCUAAAAGUUGAUUUAACAAUGCAGCAUAACGAACAACCGAACAGCAACAACAACAGCAUCGAAAUGAAUAAAAACAGUUACGGUUCACAGGGGUUCAUAGCAUGUGAUCAAGUUCUCAUCUCUAGUCAUCAUCCGCUUAAGAUGAUGGAUUUCAUUUUCUCCAACCUAAUACGUUGCAAAGUUUUGACACAGCCCUAA